AUGGCAGCUCGGCGUGCACUGAAAGCUGUCUUGGUGGAUCUCAGCGGCACACUUCACAUUGAAGACUCAGCUGUGCCAGGCGCGCAGGAAGCUCUUAAAAGGCUGCGCAGCGCUCCGGUUACGAUUCGAUUUGUGACGAACACAACGAAGGAGUGCAAGAGAGACCUGCUGGAGAGGCUAACGAAACUGGGAUUUGACAUUGCAGAGAAUGAGAUCUUCACGUCUCUGACAGCAGCCAGAAAUCUUCUGGAGCAAAAGCAGGUGCGGCCUCUUCUCCUGGUGGAUGAUAAGGCCCUGCCUGAUUUCACAGGGAUAGCCACUGAUGACCCCAAUGCAGUGGUGGUAGGACUGGCUCCUGAACAUUUUCACUAUGAGAUGAUGACCAGAGCGUUUCGGUUGAUUUUGGAUGGGGCUCCUCUUAUAGCUAUACAUAAAGCCAGAUAUUUCAAGAAAAAAGAUGGCUUGGCUCUGGGACCUGGACCUUUCGUAGCUGGGCUGGAAUAUGCGACGGACACCAAAGCGACAGUGGUGGGGAAACCAGAGAAAACCUUCUUCCUAGAAGCUUUGCGAGGGACUGACUGUGCCCCAGAGGAGGCCGUCAUGAUUGGUGAUGACUGCAGAGAUGAUGUCGGCGGUGCCCAGAACGCGGGCAUGCGUGGGAUUUUGGUAAGGACUGGUAAAUAUCGACGGGCAGAUGAAGACAAAAUCAAUCCAGCUCCUUAUUUAACCUGUGAGAAUUUCCCAGAGGCAGUGGAACACAUCUUAGAGCGUCUGCUAUGAGAAAGGGAAUAGUUAGUUUGAAGAAACAUCUGUUUCACGUAAUUUCCUUUACUCUCACUUCAAAAAAUUAAGAUCACAGGAUCAAUGCAUGCAUUGCAUCAGAAACCACCCCAUCAGCUC